CGUCGUCAGCUGCCGUAAAAAAAACAGCGAAGAAGAAGAACAGCAGCCAACAUGGCGGCUUCCACGGGACAAAACGGGAAAUCUGUUUCUGCUCCGGAUUCGGAUCUUUUACUGCACCCUGAGUUGCUGUCUCGGGAUUUUAUCCAGCUCAUUUUAAGCGAGAAAAACGUCAUCACCGGAGACUGUGGGAGCAGAGAGCGGCUCACAGAGCUGUACCUCCGGCAUGUCAUCCCGCUGCCACAGAGGACUUUACCCGACAACCGCUGGGGGAGGAGGAUGGAGAGGAGCCGGGGAAGGCAGACAGCUGCCGGUCACAGCUCCAGUAACGACCACAGUAGGAAAAGGCCUCUGAUCGUCUUUGAUGGGACGUCUUCUCACUCUGGGCCCCUAAAAGUGAAGAAACCAGAAGGAACCGUGGCGUCAGCAGGAAUCCCUGACAGGUUAAAGCCUCCUCCAGCUGCACAUCUGUCCAACCCCAUCCGCAAGCUGUCAGGCAACACUUCUUCUUCUUCUUCUUCUUCUUCUUCCUCGUCUGUUCAUCGUAGCUCUGACACGACAAACCUCAAACGAGAAGCAAACGCCUCGGAUGCACUGAAGUCUCCAGAAGUAAAGAAAAAGAUCCAGCGUGUGACAUGGCCCUGACCUCUGACUCCUCUUCAUGCUCUGAUGGAUGCUUCACUCCUCUUCCUGGCCCUGACCUUCUGGUAUCCUCUACCUGUCACCAUUUUCCCAGUAGCUGAUUCACAGAAAGAGGUGGAAGUCUGUUUAGCUGCGUGUCAAAGCCGCCUCACUUCUCCGGUUCAGUUCUGAGAACAGACGCUGUGGAGAUGAUGCUCAGGAGUUCAUCCUUCUCAUAACGUCAUGAGCUUCCUUGUUGCUGUCUGGAGCCUGAAGUGCCCUUACCAUCACUGAUCAGCAGCUCACUCCAGCACACGGAGACCUUCCAGAGGACGACUCCAACGACGUGAUGUUUCCAGAGUUAUGGCUGUUAAUGAAGGGCCUCAGCUGGGUUUUGUUUUUCUGAAACAGAUGUGAAGGAAUCUCAUGCUGUGGUAGUGGAGGACGUGCAGAAGAGGCACUUCUGUUUCUCUGGUGUUUUGUAGAAGAAUAAAAACCACAACUUGUGCUGACUGUAACAUUUUAGAAGUAGUGCUUAGACUAAAGAUUUUGAACCUGUGGUCGGUGUCGUCUGGGAAUCGGUGAAUAUUUGUACUUUGUGUGAUUCAUUCCACAGACAUCUGGCUUCAUCUAGUUUCACACAUUAUUCAGGGUUUUUGAGUGUCUCUCUGGUCUGUUAUUCAACCUGAUCAUACUCCACCUAUAAUCAUCCAGUUUGUUACAGAGGAAGUGGAUAACCUCCCUGUCUGUAUUUAAACAUCACCUGUUAUUAUUUCUGGCAAAUGAAAGAAGAAUGGACUAAACCAGGAAUUCAUACCUUUUGACAUUUAUUUAUUGCUGUGGAUGAACUGACUUUGAUAGACAGACGUCAUCAAAAACACACAGGAAAAAGCAUUUUCAAUCACAAUCAUGUUUGUACCAGCAGUUUUUUAAAAUAAAUUCUCAGUACAGUGAA